AUGACCGAUGGGAAGCGAAAGACACUAUCUUCAUCGUUCCUGUGCUCGCCAAUCCCAAAGGACCCGUCCCAAGUCUUCUUCGUAGACACCAGCAACUCACUGCAGUCCAAAGGCGGAUCCAGCGACAAUUUCCUGAAUGACAUGAAUAUACCGUCCAAAAGCAGCAGCACAUUAUCACCUGAUUAUGUCUGGCAUCUCCAAGAGCGUGUACGAGAGCUCGAGAAGGAACAGAGAGAAGCAAAACAGAAGGAAGAAAGCGAAAGUGAGAAGAAGAGCAAGAGACAGCGAAUAGAGAUUGAGAGCAUUGCUGUGUCUAAAAACAAUGAACUGAAGCGAGAAGUGGAAAUGUUGAGAAUUCAGCUCGAGACCAACUCCCAACGGCACCAGAUUGAGCUGAAAGAGCGUGAUUUGCAGUUGGACCAAUUGCGGCGUCAACUGAAGUAUGCUGUGACAGAAGAGGAGGAGACAAUGAAGGAGCUAAAGACCAUCACGAACGAACAUUCGGCCGAGAAAUUGCAGUUGGAGAAGAGAGUAGUUGAAUUGGAAGCGCAACUAGCACUUGUCGAAGGAAAGCUCAAUGAAUGGAAGGAAAAAGCUUUGGAAACGACUAGCCAGCUCCGCACACGAACGAGGCAGACUGCAAUGAAAAUCCAGCUUCUGCAACACGAGCUGGAAGUAGCUCGAGACUCAUCGUCGAUGUCCUCUCAGAACGAGGACAAUAUUCUUGAAUCGAAGAUUCGUUUGCUAGAAUCCCAGCUCAAGCAGAAGAGCUUAGAGGCUGAGCACAUAGCUUCCAGUUUGCUCGCUGCACAAGAAACAGUAGAAAACGCACGUGAAGUUCGCGAAUUGAAUGAGCAGAUCAUGCAGCAACAGUCGACAGAACGCAAACUUAAGUCUGAGUUGGUGGACUUGAUCGAGGCAUCUCGAUCGUCUUCUGUGCUGCAGGAGAAGCUCUACCAGAUGACCCAAAAGCUUCAGCAGAGCGAGAAAAGGAACGCUCAGUCGCAAAAGCGCGUCGAGAAUGCAAUGCUCGUAGAGGAAACGCACAAGCAAUUCUACGACUACUUUGAGCAAGUUGUAAAAGAAGCCAAGAUUGGAGUGUCACUGGACGAUCUGAAAAGCCGACCAGCAGCAGCGAUCAUGGAGCUGUAUAAAGCGCGUCAGAAUGCCUUCGAGAUUCUGUUUGAACAAAAGAGUAAUGUCGAGAUUCAACGUCGGCGACUAGAAAAGCAGUGUGAAAAACUUCAUAGCGAUUUAAUUACGUCCGGAAACAAUUGCGCAAAACUUGAAAUGCAGUUGGCUGUGGUCCAGGAGAAAAUGAACAGGUCUAAUGAUGUGGCAACACAUUUGCGCAAGACCAAUGCAGAGCUGAUAGAGAUUCUUGAAACGUAUGGCAAGGAUUUGGACGACCAAACUGCAAAUGAAAUCUCAUUGAAGCGCGUUGCCCUGCUGGAAUCGUCACUAAAAGACUCACAAGCGCUGAUCGAGGGGAUGGAAUCUACCCAGAAAUCCAUGGCAACACCUGCUGCUGUCAAAAAGUAUGAAGGGCGGAUUGAGCGACUGGAGAAGGCGCUAGCUGAUGCAAAGCAAGAGAAUGUGAGACUGACAAAGCAUCUUGAAAGGGCAGAAAUGGAACUGGUAGUUUUUGAAAAGCGGCUAGGCAGAGGCGAAUUUAAUGUUGAAACGACAAAGAUUGUGCAUUUGGCUGUAAAUCCAACACGCGAGCUGCUCCAACAAAGGAAGGCGAAGUCGACCGACAUUGAGAAUUUGCGUCAGGAAAACAAGGCAUUGCGCGCACGACUGAACACGCUCACAGGUGGCGAAGAUACCGAGUCUUUGAAUGCCCAUGUGGAGGACAAACUUACGACAACAACUUCGUAUGAUACGGUGGAAGGUCUCAAGAAGCUCAAUCAGCGCCUGAAGCAGGUGUUUGGAGACCAAAUUCGACAAUACCGAGAAGCCGUGUAUUUGCUGACGGGCUACAAGGUGGACCUGAAAAAGAGCGAUGGCAAGGAGUUGCUGCGCCUGCGCUCCGUUUAUGCCGAACACGACGAUGAUGAGCUUUUGGUUUGCAUGAAAGCCGACGGGUCAUUGGAGUUGCUGGACAGCGAAUUUUGCUCGCAAAUUAACCAGCGUGUCUUUGCCUACCUGACAACCUGUCGAUCGUUUCCAGCGUUUUUGUCGACACUGACGCUGCAUCUCUUUGAGAAGCAGACCUUCCAGGGCAAUUAG